AUGUUCGCAUACCUACUUACUUUGACGAAAUCGCUAAGAAUCGUUUCUGUUGGAAUUUUGAUUAUAGCAUUAAUUCAAACACUAGCUCUUAAUCUCAUAACCCACUUUUCCAUUCAAUUCAAAGUCAUUCAGCACUUAUCCGUGGGUUUUUUCUUUUGGAACAGUUUGUAUUUCGUGCGACUAAAGUUUUCAAAUGCCACUUUGAACCUUCGCAAAGUCAAAUUUGGUAUAAGGCGCAAUAUCACAAUUGAAAUCGAGGGAAUUCAUCUACGAAUUCAAUCGAAUUCGACACGAAAAGAUAAUGGGGCCCAAAAAAGUAUUGAUGAAAUCAUUCUACAGCUACUGAUGGAGAACUCUAUCUUUGUCUGCGUUAAAAGAUUUCUCCCAAGAAAAAUUGAGUUUCGAAAUGUAAUCAUUUACUUUGAAGACACCGAGAAAACAAUACAAGUCGAAACAAUCAUUUUGAAUACCAACCUUUAUUAUAAGGGACCGAAUUUUGCAAUAAAACUGCUCGCUUUAGAAACAUUGGAUGUUUCAACUAAAAAUAGUUUGCACAGACUUGAAUAUUCUUUAAAAUUCACCAUUACCGAGAAGUAUGAGAAUUCCAAAAUUAGGUUGUCGGCCAAAAAUUGCAGAGCCGCAUUAAAAGUCGGUAGCUUGCAAUUAAAACUUUUAAGGGAGCACGGUUUGUUUGCAAGAAAGACUUCACCGCAAGCUAGUACCCGAGAAAUUUUAAAUGACUUCGCACAAAUUUACCGAAAUGUGCUUCUCAAUUUGAAGGUAUUGGAUAUUAAACUCGAAAGCCUUCAUAUAACGUUGAAUAACGAACUGCAUAUAUUUAUUUCAACCCUCAUAUUCUCUGCAAAAUCUAUCCUCACUUCUCAACAUGGUAUGUUGGAAUUGCUUGGGUCUGAUCGGAAGUCGCCAAUCAAUAACGAAAUAGCUUUGGCUGUAAACUCCGUCGAAUGCCAUUUUAAUAAGAAAGAAUUGCUUAGAGUUCCAGUUAUGAAUUUUACGCUCAAUACAGACGUGCUGUCUUACCUUUUUGAUUCAAACUGUACUGAACUGAAGGUUGGCUGUACUAUAACACUGGUUGAUCCUUCUAUUGUCUUUCAGUUGUAUCAGUUGCCAAAAUUAAUAGCUUUUUUCAACUCUUUAUUCGUAUUCUCCCAAGAAACUACCAUGGGCAAUUUUCAAAAACAAGCACCGCCCCUCACUUUCUUUCCACAUUUCAUUUUCAAGGCCAUCGUAUCCAAUUUUUCAUGUACUUUGGAGCUAUCAGACUUGAAGCAUUUUGUCGUACGAACAAGCAAUGUUCACGCAUUUAUUCAAAACAGAAUGAAAAGGGACUAUGCAAUUUUUACCGACAGACUAAAAAUUGAAGGUCUUAAGCGAUCUAUGGACCACAUGGACAAUUUCUUAAAAGUUGAUCGCUUCACUUUUUCAUAUAUCAAGUUUGAUGAAAGUGCGCCAUUGAGACUGGACGAUUCACCUAUAGUUGCAUUCAGUAAAUGGGAGUUUUUUAAUAAAGACAUUGUUAAUGAUACUAGAACAAUUACAAGCACCUUGAGAGAAUUACGAGUAUCUUUAGAGUAUGCGGAUGCAUUGAAGGAUAUCGGAACACUACUACAGAGAUGGAGAGUCUACAACGCUGAAUCUAAAUGUAAUGAUGAUCACGCUGGAAGGACUGCUUUACAAGGAUCAUAUAAUUUGAAAUUACGUUUGAAAGACGCGUCUGUUUCUCUCUUAAUUUCAGGCCAUUUAGAUACGGCGCUUGACGUUGUUGAAGUCAACGGUAUCAAUUUAACGUCGUACACCCGAGGUAUGAGCGCAAAUUUAAAAGAAGCAUAUCUUCAUUUAGAUCCUCUUGAGAAAAAGUUUGAUAUUGUCAGUGGUUCUAUCUGUAGGGUUAUGGGACAUGCUACGAAGGUGGGGCAGCUAGAUCGGCUUGCAACUAUUGCAAAUAUGGCUCUAAGUAUUUGUGAAACUAAGGUAACGUGGACAAUUCCUCAACUCAAAAUGAAGUUUGACGUUAAUGUUAUUUGGCUGUUUUAUUACUUGAGAAGCAUUGCAUUGACCUAUAUUGAAGGGAGGUCGAAAGGUAAAGAAAGCAAGAGAUCUAAUGCCCUCCUUGAGAACUUAGAAGUAGUUGCGGGAUCGCUGGUCUUUGACAUGGAACUUCCUCAUCAAACUAAGCUGCUUUUGAGUUUUGAUGGAUUGGAUUUCACCGGCAAGAAGUCGCAACUUCAUAUAGGCAAGUUUGAUACUUUCAUUCGCUCUGUAUAUGCCGUCGAGGAUCUUGUUUUUGUUCCCCUCCUGACAAUAAAGAACGUUCUAAUAAAUGUACGAUCAGUGUUUCACGAUGAAAAGGUCCCGAUCACUGUAUCUUCCAUUUCUUUGAAAACCGAGUAUCAUCUUAGAUUCUACAAAAUUGUGGAUAAUCUUAUAACUAUGGUGAAGGCAAUGAAACAGAUAAAACUUGCUUAUAAGGAUUUGUCAAAGUUUCAAAGAUUAGAACCUUCACCUGAACAACCGAAAAAGGUGCCACGUAUAAACAUUAAGGCACAGAAGUUAAGGAUUAAUGUCGAAGAAGAUCCUUUUGAACAGGAGUUAGGGUUGAUUUUCAAAGUUGGUGUGUUGGAGCAAAGGGAAAGAUUAGAGAAGCUCUCCUUAUUUGAAAAGCACAUUGACGGUCGUCCCCCAAUGACUCUGAACAAUCUUUUCGCAGAAGCCCCGGCAAGUUGGAAAAGAGAUGAUAAUGAAAUAGGUUCAAAACGUUCGAAGCUUUAUGAGAAUUUCUCAACAUCGUGGAUUAACAGGUACCGUAAGGCCAAAUUAAAGUUCCAUGGAAAGCCGUCAUCAAUACUAGAGCGUACAAAAAUUGGCACUGAUUUUUAUUUGGUGCUGGACGAAGUGAAUAGCACGGUGUUGAAGGUGAAGGUAAACAAUUUAGAUAUGUUAGUAGGGCCGCCUUCAUUCCCAUUGGAAAACUACACACAGUUCAUGUUCGAAUAUGGAAAGAGAAUACCAGCAGAUACUCUAUACACAACAUUGAUUCCUAUGGGCAUUGAUAUUAAAACUGAUCGUUGGGAUUUUAUUCUGAGAGACUACCCGUUGGCGUUACUCUCUUUUCCCGAUACUCAUGUCACUGGCGAUAUAGUCUUUGCGGAGAAGAUGCCUUCUGGUAAAUCCAAAAGAACAGUGUACGUACCAUUUGUUCCAAUGGCGACUUCAAAAGACUAUUUUAACACGAACUCUAUCUACGGAGCUAGAAUAACGCGAACAUUAAAUCCUGUGAAAACAUAUAUGAACUUAAAAUGUUCAAUUCAGUCGCCAUCGCCCACAACGAUAACCUGGGGUAAAUCUUUGCAACCAGGAUAUCAGUCUGUCAUGCUUUGGUUUGACUAUUUGACGAAACCACCUUUGGAUCCUUCGGAGAAGCUCGGGUUUUGGGAUAAAUUCAGAUUAUUGAUACACGGGAGACUGAGCUUUGAAUGGUCGGAGGGCAGUGACGUACACUUAAAUAUUAAAGGUUCACAUGAUCCGUAUAUGAUCACUGAUGAUGGGGCAGGCUUAUCCUUUUGUUGGAGCGAGGGAACUAAACUGGCUAUCCAUGGUUCUGAUGACCCCACAGAAUUUUUGAAGAUUACCUCUAAGAGCUUCCUCCUUGCUAUACGUGACUUCACGGACACUCAGAAGUUCGAUAAAAUUUUGAUGAGACUAACUGGAAAUGUUAUCUGGAAACUGGGUCUGCUUUUCGAGUCCGGAAGUUUAAAAAGUGCUGGUGAGGAGGAGCGCUCCUGUUAUUUUGUUCCACAUUACAAAAUUGAGCUUGUUAAUCCUAAAUUUAUUCCAAAAAAUACCUUUCAUGAUUCCUAUAAAGGUUUUCGCAGUGACUUCAUUCAUAUGUCAUUUGGUGUUUUCUCUGAUGAUAAAUCGUCUUGUUCCAAUCGUGUGCACCUGGCCCCUCAUUGCAUGGCACAUUUUUUGAGUUGGUGGAGCUUAUUCAGUACUUAUACUUCUGGGCCAAUACGACAGGGACCACUUUUUCCUGACUUAGUUCAGAAUCCUAAGAAAUUUUCAAGAGCUUUAUUCACAGUGAAAUAUCAACUUUCUUUAGCUCCAUUGACAAUAUCACAUGCUUAUCGACAUGCUGAUUCCCAGCUCGAUUUGAGAGGAAAUAAUAAUAUUGCCUUCACUGGUUUGAAAGGUAAUUUUGGAUUUCUGAAGAUAGACCUUCAUCAAAAGAGAGUAAAGAUGAUCCACACCGAUGAUAAAUUAAAUAUUUCUCGAACGAUUUGGAAAUUUAAAAUGAAUGCAGCUGAGAUUGAUUGUGUAGAUGCAGAUAUUCGAACAAUCUUCACAAUUUUUGACCAAGAAGCUAUCGAAGAACUUCUUGCCAAGAAUCUAGGCAUAGUGAACGAUAGUGAUUGUGAACACGAUGUCAAUUCUCCUUCACCUGCGAGAAUGGAUUUGGCUCACGACUCGAAUUGGUAUGAUUUCGAAGAUUAUACGGAUCUGGAUCAAAUAUCGUUGGAUUCAACUACCCCCUUAAAGUUCAAGGCUAUUCCCUUAUUAUAUUCUCCUCGAAUUUCUUAUUUGAGAAAUUUGAAUGAUGAAUCGCUCGAUGUGAGUUAUCCUUUCGGUGAUGAAGAAGCACAUAAUUGUUUCUUGGGCCAUAAUCAUCCCGAAAGAACUCAAGAAUCGUUGGCAAGAAAGCGUGCACAAGAAAUAGAGCAGCAAAUUAGGCUCAUAUCCACAUCCAUCGAAUCACUUAAUGCGAUAACGGGUGGUGGAAAGGCUACCAGUGAAUCAAAUGAGAGAUUAAUGAAAUUGGACAGGCAGAUGCAUGACUUCAAGCAUAGGUUGCAUAUUAUUCAUAAAGUUCUCGAGGAACUUGAAAUUUCAAAAAUUCCCACCAUCAAUUUCACUUCUGACGACGUCGAGAGUGCACCUUCCAGCUUAAAUAUGGAGUCUGGGGAACAUCACUUGCAUCUCACAAACACUUCUCUCGUGCGAACGUCUACUAUAGAAUCAUUUCGAAGUAUGAGAGAAGUUUCUAGUGCAUUUGUCAAAUCCAGUUUCAAUAAUAGAUUCAUCAUACACAACAUUUUGCUCAAGAUAAACAAGAAUACAAGAGAUCAUUUGAUGAGCUAUGCACUCAAUAUGUUCAACAGAAAAAAGACUAAAUUCUUUCGAGCUUACAAAGCAGUGGCACUCCUGGAUGAGCUAUUAAAAAGUAAAUUUGACAAGCCAGGAGGUCUAAGCGAAAGCUCCACAGAUUUUUUCACAGUCGAAGAUUUGGUCUCGAAUUCAGAACUGAUGGAGAGGUUUGAUGAUAUCAUCAGAGAGGUCCCCGGUGAAGACUUCGAAGCUUUUGACAAUUAUCAAGUAAAGCUAGUGUCACCUCAAAUUCAAAUAACAUCUGAAACAGAAUCUGAAAAAGCCAUUUUGGUUACAGCUAGAGAUAUUGAGAUCAGCAUUAUUGAUAUCAAUCAGGUUGCAAGCUCAAAGGGAAAGAGCAUCCCUCUUGACUUUAACACACUGGUCGAGACUAGAUAUUGCACAAAAUUGAAUGAAGCGCAUUUCUUCAUCUUUGGUAAGGAAGAAAUUUCACGCGAUAAUGCAUUGGGAUUUUGUUUGAAUGGCUAUGGAAUGGAGGAUGGAUCCUCUUACUGGCCCCCAUGGAUGCCCAUGGAAAUGUGUUACAACUGUGAACCAUUGGAGAGUUUUGUCUUCCUGAAGAGGAAUGAAAUGAUUUUAACUUUCACGAGGCCCAAUUCGCUCUUUUUCAAUGGGAAAUCGCAUUUACCAGAGAGUAAUGAAGCUCGUUUACGAGUGGGUUUCCCCCAGGUUGUGCUUAUGUCUGAUUCUGAGCAAUAUUCUGCUAUAUACGCAAUCGUUGCUGAUUUGUUAUCUUUUGCGUCUAGUUUCGAUAAGAAGGUAGAUAAACUAUCGAAAGUGCUAUUGGCUGAUGAAGUUAAAAAUAAUCUAGACAAACUCGACGCUUCCAUUGUCAUCAACUUGCAAAAUAAAAUACGUGAGCUUUAUCGCACGCGGGGAUAUCUCAAACUCCACGACCCAAGAAACUAUCUCUUAGCUGCUCAAGACAUCGCAGUCGAGAUACAAGUGACAAUCAUGGAAUUGGACCUCUUAAUGACUGCAAUCAAAAGAAAUUAUGAUAGCAUGAAAACGACUAGUAAAAAGGCUGUGCGCCAAAGCAAGCUUAACUGGCAAGUGGGUGCUGAUGAAUUAACUUGGCGUCUUUUCGAUGAAAAUAAGAAGCCCUUCAUAGUGUUCGAGCUAGGACCUUCGACAUUUAUCAGAUCGCAGGGCUCAGAAGGCGCCAAUAGCAAUAAGAUCAGUAUCAGUACAUUGAGAUGCUUUAAUUUACAACAAAACCCAGUUUAUUCUGAACUUCUUUCCCCCUUAAAAGAAGACUCUAAGUAUGAUGAAUUGAAACCCUUGAUAGAAAUUUUGUGGAUAAUGGGAGUACCAGUCGGCGGUAUAUCUGACAUUGAAGAUCUCAUAGUAUUGUUGCAACCACUAAAAUUUAAAAUGGACCACAAGACAUCAGGAAGACUAUUGAGGUAUUUGUUUCCUGGAGUGCCCACCACCUCCGUGUCUACAGAUGAGAUCUUGAAAGAAUCGGAUACAUCUUCAGUAUCAGUUUUCAGUUUACAACAGUUAGCGAGAAGGGACACGUCGAUGUCUCGUUCACCUUCGGAGGGGUCCACAUCCUCCGGUCAGCACAAUGAAUACGAAAUGCAUGCUGUCGUAAAUCCAAGACAUAGCGGCUUCAAAAAUGGAUUCAAACCAUCUAACACUGUUUUUAAAAGCGCAGAUCAAGAUAUGAAUGAAAUGGUUGAAAGAUCGAGCACGUUUUUCAAUGUGAGAUCAGUUACAAUAGGUAAAGUUACCAUGUCUGUUAGUUACAAGGGCUCUAGAAGCUUGAUAACAAACGUCGAUAAUCUGACCGUUAAAGUUCCUACGAUAAAGUAUACUAAUAAAUUAUGGUCUCGCAAUGAGUUCAUCGCGACGCUGAAAAAAGACAUAGUCAAAGUGGUGUUGCAACAUAUGGGUAACAUUAUAGGAAACAAAUUCAUUCCCCACAAGAAAGAGAGCAAAUACGAUGCAUUCCGGCAGUUUGCACCAUUUGUGCGCACUGACACCUUCCGAUCGAAAGUGAUGCCAUCAAUAAAUGAGGAGUCGAAGACGUUAUCACAAGUAUCAAAAACUGUUUCCCAAAUCUCAAACGCAUCAUCUCUAUCAAAGCUGCGAGGCAGUAAUCGGCCAUCUAUUGAGAGUGAUUCUCCAGACACAGAGGACAAUGAUGUAAAGGGAUUUUUCCCUGCGAGUUCAUGA